UUCUUUCUUUCUGUCUCUCCUGGAGGAUGUGGAGCUUCUUCUGACGUCUCACAGGAACAUCAUGAUGGAGUUACAUUUCAUCCUCACCUCUUUCUGGGAAGUUUCUGAAUAAUAAAAAAAGAAUGAAGUGAGUAUAUAAUAAUAAUAAUAAUAAUGAUGAUGAUGAUGAUGAUAAGAUGAAGAGGAGGAGGCAGAGAUGCGCCUCUUCUCCACCUCUCGCCGCUCCGGACCGGAUGGAGAUGAUGAUGUGUGAGUGAUUCCAGCUGGAGGUCCGCAGCUUUUCCUUCCUUCAGCUCGAUGCCAGGCGGGUCUGAGGCGGGACGGAGGACGGCAUGGAGAGAGAACCAACCGUCCCUUACGGAGAGCUGCUGCUGCUGAACAACCUCUCCACCAACUACACCACCCAUGCUGCCAACCUCUCCUCCCGGCAGCACGAGGAGGAGGAGGACGGCCACCACCUGGCUCUCCGCGCGGCUCUCGCCGUCACUUUGGCGCUCAUAACUUUGGCCACCACGCUCUCCAACGCCUUCGUCAUCGCCACCAUCUACCAGUCCCGGAAGCUGCACACGCCCGCCAACUUCCUGAUCGCGUCCCUGGCGGUGACGGACCUGCUGGUGUCGGUGCUGGUGAUGCCCGUCAGCGCGCUCUACACGGUGAGCCAGACGUGGAGCCUGGGCCAGGUGGUGUGCGACAUCUGGCUCUCCUCGGACAUCACCUGCUGCACCGCCUCCAUCCUGCACCUGUGCGUCAUCGCGCUGGACCGCUACUGGGCCAUCACGGACGCGGUGGAGUACUCCAAGAAGCGCACCAUGGGGCGCGCGGCGGGCAUGAUCGCCACCGCCUGGGUGAUCGCCAUCUCCAUCUCGCUGCCGCCCUUCUUCUGGCGCCAGGUGAAGGCGGAGGAGGAGGUGACGAGCUGCAACGUGAACACCGACCACAUUUUCUACACCAUCUACUCCACGUUCGGCGCCUUCUACAUCCCCACGCUGCUGCUCAUUGCGCUCUACGGGAGGAUCUACGUGGAGGCGCGGAAGCGCAUCCUGAAGCAGAGCCACAACAAGCCCGGGAAGAGGCUCACCUCGGCGCACCUCAUCACCAACUCGCCCGGCUCCGUGGCGUCCUCCACCUCCCUCAACUACGGGACGAACGGACACCCUCCUCCUCGUUGCGACACUACCUCCUCCUCCGCCAACGUGAACCAGGUGAAAGUCACCGUGUCCGACGCGCUGCUGGAGAAGAAGCGGAUCUCCGCCGAGGAGAGGAAGGCCACCAAAACUUUGGGAAUAAUCCUGGGAGCCUACAUCAUCUGCUGGCUGCCCUUUUUCAUUUACACUCUCCUAGUGCCUGUCUGCGAGUCCUGCUUCCACCCGGAGCUAUUUGACAUUUUCACCUGGCUGGGUUACCUCAACUCUUUAAUCAACCCCAUCAUCUACACCAUGUCCAACGAGGACUUCAAGCAGGCUUUCCACAAACUGAUACGGUUCAGAUGCUGCAGGGCAUGAGCCGCUUUAUCUCUUUAUCUCUCUCUCUCUCUCUCUCUCUCUCUCUGUCACCUUCCAGACAUCUGUACAAUGAUCAGAUCACCACAUAGCUCGGCAACAUGCUCAUGUUUAGGAUAAUGUGGCUGCAGGAUGUUUCACAACGUGGAAAUGUUGGAAUUUUUUUUUUUUUUAAUAGAAAAAACGUACAAAAAAUGGAAAUGCUGCAUGCAUCAUGUUCAGGGCUGCAGCCAACACUGAGCAGCUUCAGUUCUUGGUCUUAUUUCUGCAAAUUUGGAUUUUUUUUUUAACAACUCAAGGAGUUUUAAAUACACAUAAUUUAAAGCUGCAUGAUUUGGUAGAAAAUUGGCCCCAACCCUGAACAUGUCAUGCAAUAAAUUAGGAAAUUUCGAUCUAAAAAAAUCAUCACGUCCUUAUGACAAUGUGGCUGCAGAAUCUUUCAGACUGUGGGAAUAUUGGAAAUGAUUUUUUAAAAAUAGAAAAACGUACAAAAAAUGGAAAUGCUGCAUGCAUCAUGUUCAGGGCUGCAGCCAACACUGAGCAGCUCCAGUUCUUGGUGAUAUUUCUGCACAUUUUAGGGGUUUAAGGUUAAAAUACACAUAAAUUAAAGCUGCAGUUAUUUUUGAAUGAUAUUGUGAAAGGUCCACAAUUUGUAGGAUGAUGAUUUUGGCAUAAAUAUUCAAAUUUUCCUUGAAAAAUAUGUUUAAAUGACCAUGGUGUGACCAAAUUUCUGCUCAAAAAGUCUUUAUUUCUCUGCAGCUCCACAAUUUAACACAUCAUCUGCAUUUUACAAAUACUGCCCCUCUCCUUAGGAUAAUGUGGCUGCAGAAUCUUUCAGAAUGUGGAAAUGGUGUUGUUUUUAAAUAGAAAAACAUACAAAAACUAGAAAUGCUGCAUGCAUCAUGUUCAGGGCUGCAGCCUCCACUGAGGAGCUCCACUUCUUGCUGGUAUUUCUGCAAAUUUGGGUUUUAAUUACACAUAAAUUAAAGCUGCAUGAUUUGAGAGAAAAUUGAAGUUAUUUUGACUGUGAAAGGGCCAUGAUUUGAAGGAUGAUAAUUUGGGCAUAAAUAUUCAAAUUUUCCUUGAAGAAUAUGUUUAAAUGACCAUGGUGUGACCAAAUUUUUGCUCAAAAUUUCUUUAUUUCUCUGCAGCGCCACAAUACCGUUCUGAUUUUUUGAUUCUGACCAAAUUGUGUUAGUUGUGUGGCCCUGACACACAUUUUUGAGCCAAAUUGUUAAAAUUUAGACCAAAAAUACAUUAAUUGUGUUCUAUUGGAUUCAAUUUUUGGCUUUGUAGAUAAUGCAACAAAAAAUAUCCUAAAAUAUAAUUCAAAAGUUAAAUAAAUGUAGUAAAUGUCUGGAAACUGUUGUCUUUUGGUAAAAAAUGUCAUUAAUUGACACAAAUUUUUGAGUCAAAAUUCUCAAAAGUGAACGUUUUUGACCAAAAAUACAAUAAAAAUGCUCCAUUAGGAAUAUAUUCUUGUCACUGUAGAGAAAGCAACAAGGCCUCUUGAGAUAAAAUAUUCUUAAAUAUCAUUUAAAAGUUUAAUAAAUGUAUUAAAUUUAUAGAGAAACUAUUUGUGGGGUUGAGUUGGAGAACUGGCCCCAGCCCUGAACAUGUCAUGCAAUAAAUUAGGACA